UUUGAUUUUGUAUGAUACAUAACCUAAAAAUAUCACAUGUAGUUUUGUGAGUAAUUUUUAAUUGUUCUCUUUGCAUUUGUGAAAAUGGUAGAGACUGGCAUAAUAUUGACUGAAGACGAGCUUUACUGCGAUGUUGAGGAUUUGAACGUAGAUAAUUUAACUUUAAAUGAAGUAGCUCUUGGAAAUGAAGAUGAAUUAUAUAGUGAAGAUUCAGAGGACUACUACGAUGACUACUUCGAAGAUGAAAAUUAUGGGCCCACAAAUGCGACACGCCACAUCAGCCAGAAUUCUCAAUCGGCAUCGAGUAAAAUCGAAAGUUACCAACCUACCAACAAUCUGCUUCGUAAAUUCACGAACAAGAUCAAUGUCGAGAAGUACGAAGGACCCGCUUUGCCCAACCACGCCGCGAACCGGCUAAUCGAAAAGCAGCGCCAAAACGAAAACGAACGAAUUCGAUUAAAGGACAAGCAUGAUCGCGCCACCGCCGAACAAGUCAUGGAUCCGCGCACUCGAAUGAUCCUAUUCAAAUUGCUCAGCAGGAAUAUGAUAACUGAAAUUAACGGCUGUAUAUCAACAGGAAAAGAAGCGAAUGUCUACCAUGCGACUUUAAAAAAUGGGAUCGAUUGCGCCAUUAAGAUCUAUAAAACUUCGAUAUUAGUGUUUAAAGAUCGCGAUAAGUAUGUGAGUGGUGAAUUUCGCUUCCGAAAUGGUUACUGUCGGCACAAUCCCAGAAAGAUGGUACGCACUUGGGCUGAAAAAGAAAUGAGGAACUUGACAAGAAUGUUUAAUAAUGGUUUAAAAGUACCCGAACCAAUUUUACUACGUUCUCAUGUACUUUUAAUGGGAUUUAUUGGGGAAAAUGGGUGGCCGGCUCCCAAACUUAAAGAUGUAGAGCUAAACACGUCAAAGGCUCGCAAAGUGUACAGAGAAGUUGUCCUUUUAAUGUGGAAAAUGUAUAACAAAUGUAAAUUGGUACACGCCGACUUGUCCGAAUUUAAUAUGUUGUACAAAAACGGAGAGACUUUCAUUAUUGAUGUUUCUCAAUCAGUAGAGCAUGACCACCCUCGCGCAUUGGACUUCUUACGUAAGGAUUGCACUAACGUCACAGAAUUCUUCCGGAAAAAGGAAGUUGCAACGAUGGGUAUCAAGGAGUUAUUUGACUUUAUCACCGACCCCACAGUAACAGACGACAAUAUCGAAGAGUGCCUCGAUAAAUUAUCGGAAAACGCAGCUUUAAGACCAGAAAUCACAUCAGAAGAAAAGAUCGACGAGGAAGUAUUUAAAAACGCUUACAUACCAAAACGGUUAACGGAAGUAAUCGAUUUUGAAAGAGACAUCACGCAGGCGAAGUCCGGUAUGGCCAACGAUUUGGUGUACAAAACUUUGGUCGGUUUAAAAGGCGAUUUAAGUGGGACCGUACAAAAACCCGAAAUUUUAGAUGAUGUCAAUGAAGACGAGGGAAGUGAGGAGGAGAGUUCGAAUUCUGCUGGUACAGAGGAAGACUCAGAAGAUGAAAGUAGUAAGUUUGUCGAUUCGUCACGACCCAAACAUGAAACGGUAGAUGAAAAGAAGCUUAGGAAAAAGGCGGUUAAAGAGGUACAAUCCGAGAAAAGAAAACAGAAGAUUAAGAAGCAUGUGAAAAAAAGGAAAGAAAGAUUAGGGAAAAAGAAAUAAGUUAUUGUAUUUCUGUUUAUGAAAAAUAAAUGCUUUUGUUACAUUUUCCCUAGGGAA